AAUUGAUUGAUUUCUAGACCAAUGGAGGAUAAGUGCAAGUUACAUUAGAAAGAUUUCACCUACAUGUAUAUUGAUAUAUUAAAGAGACAGUUGCAUACAUCCAGAUUGUUUUAAAUAUAAAAGAUUAUGUAAUGAUUGCAAAGUGAAUCAUGAGACUAGACAUAAGAAGAAUUAAAUAUAUUAGAAUAAGCAGUUCACAAUAACGAUACAGGAAUGUAAAUAAUAGGUGGAGAAGAAUUUGAAUACUGUGAAGGAGGAGUUGGAAUUAGCAGAGAAUAGAGCAGCUAAUGCACUAAUAACAUCAGUCAACAGCAACAUUGAUGAAAUCAUCUUAGAAAUAGAAUCCAUAAGGUAACAGAUUCAUAAAUUGUUUGACAAAUACAUAUAAGGGUUGAGGGAUAAAUUUGAGUAUAAAGUAAAAUAGAGUAUUCAUGCUUUAUAUGAUUAAAUUCAAGGUUAAUUAACUUAAGUCCGACAAUUUUAAAACGAUAUCAAUUCAAUUGAUACUCAAAAGAAGGUGAUGUCUACAGAUUUGGAUUACUAAGUGUAAUAUUAGAAGAAUAGAUUGGAAUCACUUAUUUAUUAAAGAGCCAAUCAGAAGUUCUACGGUAGAAUAGAUGAUGAUGUAGCCUUGCAUUUUAUUGGAGUGAUUCAGAAAGAGUUAGAACAAUUAGUUAUAUAUGAGAAAAACAAGUUAAGUUCAUAAAUAGAGAGUCUAAAUCAAAUGACUUUAUAGGCACAAUAAACUAAAUAAAAAUCAAUUAAGAAUUUCUAAAAGUUUUUAAGUUAUGCUCCUGAGAAAUUGGAUGAAAUGAGAAAUACAAUGUAAGGUACUCAAGAAUACUCAUUCUAUCGAUCAUGGUUACAUUACUUUGAACCUGGAACUAAAUUCUUGUAUUAUUUAGAUUUGAAAUAACAAAAUCCAUAGAUUACAAAAGUUGAACUGGAAAUCAAUUUUGUUAUCUCCUAGGGAAGUCGAUCUAUUUUGGCUUAGGAUGGUCAAAUAUACUAUUUUUCAGGGUAUGAUAAUGGAUUAAAUGAUGAUGAAAAUAAGACAAUCUAUUAAUAUGAUCAUCCACAAUUAACAUUCAUCAAAAGGACUAGGAUGUAUACUCUGAGAAAGAACUUUUCGUUAUCAUGCACAGUUGACAAGGAUAUAUUUAUUAUUGGAGGUUAGAAUUAUAAAGAAGGAUGCUUGGCUAAGUGUGAAAAAUACAAUAUCAAUACUAAUCAAAUUACAUUAAUUAAGUACAAUUUAAUAAAUCAUUUUAAGUCAUCUAACAGAGUUGUCAACAUUGCAUUCAUCUUGUACAUAUAAUAAUAAAUUGAUUGUUAAAUAUGGUGGGUUGAUUGCCAAUACUGAAGGAGAAGACUUAAAAAAAUAAUGUUCAGGAUUGUUAGAAUUGUAUUUUAUAGAAUAAGAUUGUUGGGAGAGAGUUGAAAACACUACAAAUCAUACUUAGUAUCCAUUACACACUAUUUUAUCCACUUCCAUUUAAAUACUUAAUUCUAAUAUGAUAUAUGUAUUUGGCGGUUAAAUACUCUAAAAAUAAGCAUUUCAAACUGUUAAUCAAGGCUUUAUGAUUCAGAUUGAAGAAGAAGAAGAAUUCGAUUAAGAUUAGAUAAGUAUUUUAUUGUAUUAUUCUUUAGAAUUUUAACCAAAACUAUAUUAUUAGCUUUAACAUCCAAUUCCACAACAAGCACACUUCCUUACACAACCAAUAUAUUAUUCCAACAAAAUCAUGUGUCUAUUAAAGGAUGACCAAAUGAUUAGGACUUGUUAUGAAAAGAAUAAAUGGAAACCAUUUUGA